AUGUUUCUUAAGUGCCAUCUGUGUAAUGACGAAUUUGACGACGAAAAAAAGCAUGUUCGUCUGCUCCCUUGCCUACACUCUCUAUGCUUCAAAUGCAUGAAAAAGACCAAACUGAACGAUCAGCUUCAUUGCCCCACAUGCGAUGCCACCCAUUCCGUGAGUGACGUUGAUGAAACAUGUCCACGUGAUAACACACGACUUGACCUGAUGGAUUUAGCCAAAGUCAAAUAUUCGCUUAUGACUGAUAGCUGUACUGUUUUUCCUUCCGAAAUUGCAACUCAUAGAUGUACGCAAUGUGCAGAGUUUCUGUGCGACGAAUGCCAUAAGGCACAUAUGCGUGUCAGGGCAACUACAAACCACACGCUGAUUAAAUUAGACGAGCCUAAUAAGAACAAGAACAUGGAUGCAUUUAACCGACCAUUAUUGUUUAGCGAGCGAGCAGAUAUUGUUUUAAAUAAUUCCUGCACUAAAACAUCAAGCCCAAAAAAUGUUUGUGUCAAUUGUGCAAUCGACAAUUGUAGCGAGUCAAACUUUCAUAAGAUCAAUAAUAUUGAUAGCGUUGCAAAUGCAAAAAGACAACUUAUAAAAGAUCAGAUAUCCAGUAUAGAAAAUGUCGGUAAACAAAUACAAAAAGUUUUAAAUGAGAUUAAGGAUGAACAGAAUGAAAUUGUAAAUACCGAGAAGUCAGUAAAGGAUAAAAUUGACGAAGCCUUUGAUAAUCUAGAGCGCAUUUUGUGGAAUAGGAGAAUACAUAUAAAUAAAGAAUUAAAAAACAAGGUCUUCAGGAAACAGAGACACCUGAAAGCACAGGAGGAUAACUUACGGAAGAUGAAGUUGGAUAUUGAAGAGUCAAACAAGUUUGCAAACAUAGUCGUCUCCUGCCCUAGCUCUUUAGCUUUCCUACAGGUGUAUCCAACAAUUCAGAAGAAAUUGAAGAAUCUUGCCACACAGAGCUUUGACAAGAAACCACAUGAGAUGGCUACUUUUGGUUUCAACGCCAAGGGUUUAAAUUCAGAUUUUAAGAUCAUGCUAAAGGAGAUGACCAACGUCUGGUCAGUGUCAGCCUAUCCACCAAACUGCAAUGCCAAACUCUUGGUGGAUUCACUGGAAAUUAAUACAUCCGCAACUUUUUAUGUCAAACUAAAAGAUUUUCAAAAUAUGGCACCGUUUGAAGGGAGCAGAUUAAACAAAAUCAAUAUGGAUGUAGUUGUUAAGGAUCCAACAGGAAAUGAAACUAGAUGUUCAUGGAAAAUUAAAAAAAGAAGCACCCACAAUAUGGAGGUUACCUGGAAGCCAGCCAUGACGGGGAAACAUACUCUAGAGAUCAGAGUACUGGAUAGAGUGGUUGUUUACAAAGAAAUUGAGAGCAAACCAGAACCAGACAUGACGUUUGAUCGUGACAAGGCACACAAAGACGUUUCCAUUUCCGCUGACGGAAAGGUCUUUAUGAACAUCUCCGAUGUACCAAGCAGCAGUCGUUUACACAAGUACAAGGGGACUCACUGUUCAAAAGGCAUAAGCUAUCCCGGGAGAUAUUACUACGCAAUCAAAUUGGAUAUUAAAAUUAUAAAGCCUUUGGAUAAAAGCAAUCUUGUCUACGAGCUGGGAAUCGCUAGAAAGUCUGCCAUCGGAAAAAAUUUGGUUGUGGAGGGAGAGAAAUUUGCAUGGUCAAUGAUCGGAGCCCACCAUGUAGAUUGUGAUGCUAUCUGUAUGCACAUUGCUCACAACAACCACUUGCUCUACCACGAGGUUCUAACAAAGAACAGAACCGGAAGCACUAUGGAGAGAGUAUUUGGAUUCCUUCUAGACACCGAGUUUGGCCAAUGGAAAGUCUUCGAUCAUAAGCUCGAGAAGGAGAUAUGUGUUGUGGAGUUUGUUGAUUGCUCCGAAUUUUUAUAUCCUGUAGUCGCCGGCUACAAUCCAAACUACGUGGAAGUUACCGCUACUUUUAUGGACGAAUGAA